UUUUUGUUUCUGAUAACAUAGCACACGAUUCACUUAGUGUAAUAUACAAAUAACAUUGGAUUAAAAUAUAUUUAUCAGAUCAGUGUUUGAGAAAUUAUUUACUGCGGAUGGAAGCUUACCACAUUCCCAGUGGUACGUCAUCAAAAGCUUAGACAAUUUAAACGUAGUUCAGACGUUGUGUGCGCUGUUUUCAGGGAGAAGGUAAAAAACAUGUGCAGCACAAAAGCCCGGUGAGAUGCGUGGAAAAUAAUUGAUUGUGAGGGUCGAUAAAGGAAACAACAUUUGAAAAAACACUAACAACUAAAAAGAAGCAAAGCAUCUAAGAAAAAUGACUGCAUUUUUACCACCAAAUCUACUCGCACUUUUCGCCGCUAGAGACCCCAUAACAUAUCUACCACCGGCUGACAAACAAAGCCACGAGAAGAAAAGGGUGCCUUACGGCGGAGUGGCAGUAUUUCUUAACGAGUUUGAGGAUCCUAAAGACACACCACCUCCAACACGAGUGGAGACAAAGGAUGAACGGAAAGAAAGGAAGAGGAAGGAGCGGGCCGAACAGAUAGCAUACAAGCUGGAACAGGACCUGGCUUUGUGGGACCCUUCCAACAACCCAGGAAGUACCGGAGACCCAUACAAGUCCCUUUUUGUUGCAAGAAUUAAUUUUGACACGAGCGAAUCUAAACUACGCAGAGAAUUUGAAGUAUACGGACCCAUUAGAAAAAUCUGCAUGCUCACAGAUAAAGUUUCGGGGAAGCCACGUGGUUACGCCUUCAUAGAGUACGAACAUGAGCGGGACAUGCAUUCUGCCUACAAGCAUGCAGAUGGAAAGAAAAUUGACGGACGCCGUGUGCUAGUCGACGUGGAAAGAGGACGAACAGUGAAGGGCUGGCAGCCUAGGCGUUUAGGCGGAGGUCUUGGCGGCACCAGGAAGGGUGGUCCUGACGAGAAUACCAGGUUCUCCGGCCGAGACGAAUACAGGGAGGACGGUUCACGGGAGAGAGGAGGAGGAGGAAGUGGAGGUGGAGGAGGAGGUAGUGUUGGAGGUGGUGGUGGUGGUGGUGACCGAAGAGGAGGAAGACCCAGGAGUCGAUCAAGGGAAAGGCGUCCACGAAGUCGCAGUCGUGAAAGGGAGGCGCCUAGGAGGAGGAGCAGAAGUAGGGAGCAUAAUAGGAGAGGCGGCAUUGAUGAAGAUGAGGAUAGGAGCAGGAAGAGGGGAAGAAGGAGUAGAUCUCGAGAACGCAAGAGGACCAGGUCACGUGACAGGGGAGAUCGCAAACGUGCUCGUCGUAGUAGGAGUCGUGACCGUGGUGACCGUCGCCGUGACAGACCUGAGGGCCAGCCGGAUGAGGUAAUGCAGGACAUGCCCCUUGACUUUGACGGAAAGAUUCUCAUCAAACAAGAAGACCAGAACAAGGGCUACCCUGACGAGGAACCAAAUGGGUUCCCCCGCGAAACCCGCGAAACCCGCGAGGAUGCUUCGCCACAGUCUCCCCCACAGGAGGAGGGACCCCGGGAGGAACAGCAGGAAUACCAACAGUGACCGACAGCAAGGACACGGCUGACUGAAUUUAUAAAAAAGAAAUCAACAUCCUCACUAUCAUCAAAUGAAACCACAGUCAAAUAAAGGCACAUUUUGUUAACACUUGUCACAUUAGAACUUGGAUAACUAAUAUGUGGUGUUGUUUUGUGGAGAAUUCCUUGUCAGCUAUUGAACUGUUUCAUGAGAUCUUUAGAAGUGGUUGUUGUUCGGUGACCAAAGAUACAUCUGUGUGAGCACAUUGUUCUCAUACAAAUACAGACGCCCUUCCGUUUGUGAUCUGUGUGUCAAAUUGCUUUUUAAUAUUUUUAUUCCAAUUUUAUUCUGAUGUCCGACAACUAUUUUGAAAUUUUUCUGAUUUACUAGACUCUACAUCGGUGAUAAAUACCAGCAGAUUUUUCAGUAUGUUGUAAUCAACUGCUUAUUUUCGCAUGUAUACUGUAUGCAGUGAAAUUUUUUGAACCGAUCUCUGAUUUAUAGAUUUUCCUGAAAACAUCUUUAAGAUUGUUUUCAACAGGUAGGCUGGAGAGAAAGAAGAACAAUGUGUAUAGUUGUUGAAAUGACAUUGUCUACAGUGCAGACUAUUGGAUUUCAAUUAUUGGACCAUUGAUAUUGAAUACAUGCCAAGGACAGUCCAAGUGCGAGGACUUACCAGGUUUGUAAUGCCAUGCUGGCCUGGCUUUGAUCAUUCCGUCAUCAAUCUGACGUAAAUAUGCAGACCACCGAGUCUUGGAUAGGGUUUACGACAAGAUGGCAUGCAUGUUAAAUAUUAGUCUGCUGUAUUGUAUAAGUGUACAGCUGGGGAAUGAAUUGUAUGUACCUGAUGCACAGAAUGAUCCAAUCAAAGGGGGCGGGAUCUGAAAUUAUGUUUAGUUUUCAUAGAAGAAGAAAAAUGAAGACUUGUUAGCUUUAGUAUUGUUAACUGACACUUAAAAAUGAUUGAUUAAAAGAGAAAGGAAAAUGAAUUAUUUGUGAUUUUAAAACGGGUUUGAAAAUAUUUCAGAGUUAAAUGGCUGGUAGAAUAUUUGAAAAUGACCCCAGAGGUGUUUUUGAUUACUAUUCUAGUUUAAAUUUUACAACCCUUUCAAUACCAUCUGUACUUAACUAAGAAUAGGGGAUGUGGGAGGGGAGGGGGGAAUGUUUGUCUGGGAUGAUCCUUAUGUCUGUAAGCUAGGGAUACUAACCUUUUAUUACCAUGUUCAUCAAAGGGGAGGGUUAGAGGAACCCUUGUCAGUUAUGAGAUCAGAUGGGGUGACACUUACCCUAAUGUUGAGUUUAUCAAAUGUUAUGCUGUAUAAGGUAGGGGAAAGAUCAACAUUAAGUUACCCAAUAUUGUACUGUAUAAGGUAGGGGAAAGAUCAACAUUGAGUUACCCAAUAUUGUACUGUAUAAGGUAGGGGAAAGAUCAACGUUGAGUUACCGAAUAUUGUACUGUAUAAGGUAGGGGAAAGAUCAACAUUGAGUUACCCAACAUUGUACUGUAUAAGGUAGGGGAAGGAUCAACAUUGAGUUACCCAAUAUUGUACUGUAUAAGAUAGGGGAAAGAACAACAUUGAGUUACCCAAUAUUGUACUGUAUAAGGUAGGGGAAAGAUCAACAUUGAGUUACCCAAUAUUGUACUGUAUAAGGUAGGGGAAGGAUCAACGUUGAGUUACCCAAUAUUGUACUGUAUAAGGUAGAGGAAGGAUCAACGUUGAGUUACCCAAUAUUGUACUGUAUAAGGUAGAGGAAGGAUCAACGUUGAGUUACCCAAUAUUGUACUGUAUAAGAUAGGGGAAAGAUCAACAUUGAGUUACCCAAUAUUGUACUGUAUAAGGUAGGGGAAGGAUCAAUGUAAUGGAUCUGGUAAAGACCAGGUAAAUGCAUUACGUUUUAUAGGAUGUUGUUGAUGAAUAAACACACAACACAAUAUUUAAUCACUCCAAGUCUCUGUCUGUCUUUUUUAAGUAUAUUCAUAGCUUUGGAUUGACAAAUUUCAAUCAUUUUCAUCAUCUAUGUCAUCUGCAGUCAUUAUCCACAGUGUUGUCAUCAGUCUUUCUCAACAGAUCCAUCAUCAGUUAAUUCUGCCGGACAGUUCCUAUGUGCCUCAUGCCAGACUGCACAGCAUGCUAGAUAUUUCAUUUAUACCUCAUUAAGUAGUUUUAUUGUGUAGUCGGCACCAUGAGUAGUAGUUGGUUAUGUUAUACUGGUAUAUUGGGGAAUUACAUCAUACUAGACUGGUCAUGUUAUACUGGUAUAUUGGGGAAUUACAUCAUACUAGAUUGGUCAUGUUAUACUGGUAUAUUGGGGAAUUACAUCAUACUAGACCCGUCAUGUUAUACUGGUGGAUUACAUCAUGCUCCAUGGUACUGUAUUGUGUACUCCCCACGGAGUUAGAUUAAAGUCCGUGGUACAAAUCAGCUUGUGUGUCAAUAUAUGUAACUUGCUACUAGCUCAUAGGAAAAGUGAUCUUACUUAAUAUAUAUAGAUCAUCAUCCAAGCACUGGCCCCAUUUUUAUCAUCUCUUAUCACCCAAGUUUCAAUAACUAAUGUUCAUCUCAUGUUUUUUCAUUCAUUUUAAGCACACAUACCAUACUAGAUCAGUGUUGUGCAAUUAUCUUGCGGUUUUAAAAAUAAAAGAAGCUAUCUACCCCCUUGUCUGUUUAUAACAGUUGAUUUGAUUGGCUGUUGUAUUGUAAGAAUACCUUGACAAAGAGAGAUGAUCAAGGGUCAAAGGUUAAAAUUGUAAUAAAUUUAGCUGAUGUCAAUAUGUAAAAAAAUAUUGUAUUGUGAAAGUGAUGAAUAAAAUUGUCUCUCAUUAAAACUGUAA